AUUUCCAGGACUUCCACCUGUCAACAAUGUGGCACCCCCUUAUGCAUCAGGCCAACCUCUGCCACCGUCAUCUUACCCAGGCCCUGGGUCCACUUCCUCUGUAAGCCAGCUGGGCAGUCAGUUCAACUCCAUGCAGAUCAACAGCUACGGUGUGGGCGUGACUCCCCAGAGCCAGGCUCCCCCUGGCCCUCAGUCAGCAGGCUCCUUCCAGGGGCCUCCACAGCCUCCACAGCCAUCUAUUUUGCAGCCAGGAUCUCAGGUUCCACCACCGCCCCCCACUGCCCUGAAUGGCCCUGGGCCUACUCCUCUGAAUGCCCAGUACCAGCCCCCACCCCCAGCAGGCCAGACCCUGGGUGCUGGCUACCCUCCACAGCAAGCAACCAGCUAUGGACCACAGAUGGGAGGUGCACAGUUGUCUUACCCAGGAGGCUUCCCUGGGGGCCCUGCACAGAUGGCUGGCCCACCACCACAGCUCCAGAGAAAGCUGGAUCCUGACUCCAUCCCCAGCCCUAUUCAAGUGAUCGAGAAUGACAGGGCCACCAGAGGCGGACAAGUCUACACUACCAACACCAGAGGCCAGGUGCCUCCACUGGUCACCACAGACUGUAUGAUUCAAGACCAAGGCCACUCGAGCCCCCGGUACAUUCGCUGCACCACCUACUGCUUCCCGUGCACAUCUGACAUGGCUAAGCAAGCUCAGAUCCCACUAGCUGCUGUCAUCAAACCCUUUGCUGACAUUCCAUCAAAUGAGACCCCCUUGUACUUGGUCAAUCACGGCGAGAGCGGACCAGUGCGGUGCAACAGGUGCAAAGCCUACAUGUGCCCGUUCAUGCAGUUCAUUGAAGGCGGAAGGCGUUAUCAGUGUGCAUUUUGCAACUGUGUGAAUGAAGUUCCUCCAUUCUAUUUCCAACAUCUGGACCACAUUGGAAGGAGAGUGGACCACUAUGAGAAGCCAGAGCUGUCGCUGGGAUCCUAUGAAUAUGUCGCUACUUUGGAUUACUGCAGAAAGAAUAAGCCUCCCAACCCACCAGCCUUUAUCUUCAUGAUCGAUGUCUCAUACAGUAACAUAAAGAAUGGACUCGUCAAGCUCAUAUGUGAAGAACUGAAGACUGUGCUGCAGAGACUGCCCAAGGAGGAGCAUGAAGAGACAUCUGCAAUUCGAGUUGGUUUUAUCACAUACAACAAAGUUCUCCACUUCUUUAAUGUGAAGAGUAAUUUGGCCCAACCUCAGAUGAUGGUGGUGACGGAUGUUUCAGAGGUCUUUGUUCCUUUGUUGGAUGGGUUCCUUGUCAACUAUCAAGAAUCUCAAUCUGUGAUUCACAAUUUAUUGGACCAGAUUCCCGAGAUGUUUGCUGACUCUAACGAAAACGAGACAGUCUUUGCUCCCGUCAUCCAGGCUGGCAUGGAAGCACUUAAGGCAGCAGAGUGCCCUGGGAAGCUAUUCAUCUUCCAUUCCUCCUUGCCUACUGCAGAGGCACCGGGAAAGCUCAAGAACAGAGAUGAUAAAAAGCUGCUUAACACAGACAAAGAGAAGAUACUUUUUCAGCCCCAAACAGCUGUCUAUGAGUCUCUGGCCAAGGACUGUGUGGCCAAUAGCUGCUCGGUGACUCUCUUCCUCUUUCCCAGUCAGUAUGUGGACGUGGCUUCCUUGGGGCUGGUUCCUCUGCUCACCGGAGGAACUCUGUACAAGUACAAUGUUUUUCGGGUUAAUUUGGAUAGCCAACAGUUUUUGAAUGACCUCCGAAAUGAUAUUGAGAAGAAAAUAGGCUUCGAUGCUAUUAUGAGGGUUCGUACCAGCACAGGUUUUAGGGCCACUGAUUUCUUUGGUGGAAUAUUUAUGAACAACACCACGGAUGUAGAAAUGGCAGCCAUCGACUGCGAUAAGGCCGUGACUGUCGAGUUCAAGCAUGAUGACAAGCUCAGUGAGGAUGCUGGAGCCUUGAUCCAGUGCGCUGUGCUCUACACGACCAUCGGUGGCCAGCGACGACUUCGGAUCCACAAUCUUGCCUUAAACUGCAGCACCCAGCUAGCAGACCUCUACAAGAGCUGUGAAACAGAUGCCCUUAUCAACUUCUUUGCCAAGUCAGCUUUUAAAGCAGUUUUGAACCAGCCUUUGAAAGUCAUCCGGGAAAUUCUAGUUAAUCAGACUGCCCACAUGCUGGCGUGUUACCGGAAGCACUGUGCUAGUCCAUCUGCAGCAAGCCAGCUUAUACUGCCAGAUUCUAUGAAAGUACUGCCUGUGUACAUGAACUGUUUGUUAAAAAACAGUGUGCUGCUCAGCAGACCAGAGAUCUCCCCUGAUGAACGGGCAUACCAACGGCAGCUGGUCAUGACCAUGGGUGUGGCUGACACCCAGCUCUUCUUCUAUCCACAGCUCCUGCCAAUACACACAUUAGAUGUGAAAAGCACAGGGAUGCCGGCUGCUGUCCGCUGCUCCGAGUCCCGACUCUCCGAAGAAGGAAUGUUCCUACUGGCUAAUGGUCUGAACAUGUUCUUAUGGCUCGGAGUGAGUAGCCCACCAGAUCUGAUUCAAGGAAUAUUUAAUGUGCCAUCAUUUGCACAUAUCAACACAGACAUGACAUCACUGCCCGAGGUGGGAAGUCCACCCUCUCAACAACUCCGAAUGAUAAUGAACAAUAUCCAGCACAAGAAGCCAUACUCAAUGAAGCUCAUCAUCGUGAAGCAGCGAGAGCAGCGGGAGAUGGUUUUCCGACAGUUCCUGGUGGAAGAUAAAGGACUCUAUGGAGGAUCAUCUUACGUGGAUUUCCUCUGCUGUGUCCACAAGGAGAUCUGCCAACUGCUUAACUGAGGAGUACCCUCCCAUCCCACUGAGGGGGCAUUUCAGAGGAGACAGCCUCCAACUUGGUGCCUAAUUUUCCCAAUGAUAGUAGGCUAGUUUUAAUUUCUUGAUAAUUUUCAGGAUAGCUUGCCAAGACAGCACAUAGACCUUCAGCUUUGGUGCUCGGGUCACAAGCCCGUGAAGUGUGGUGGUACCAUAAAGGGAACAGUCUAUUUCUGGCUGUUCUGCUUCUAAUUUCUAAAGCUGACAGUUUGCAUUUCAUAAAUACAUAGUUUACAGAACCA